AUGGGCGCUCGUUCAACGACGCAGAACAUCCUCUGCCGACAAGACUUCCGAAGCGCUUCUGCUUCAGCUACCGAGGAAGAUGAUCCAUUCUGCAAUGGAGAUCCUUGCGACGUUGAUGUCGAUCUUGAACUCUGCAUGGAGGAACAGCUCGAUAUGGAUGGCGAUGAUGACAACGAGGAACGGGACGUCUCCACUCGGGAUUUGGACUUCUUUGAGAAAAGAGCCGCUUCAAAGAGCUAUUGA